AUGGCCUCCUGCAGUACCUCACCAGUCGAGGUUAACGAGGAUGUAGCGAUCAUCAUUCUCCGGCAUCUAGCUGACUUAUGGUACAACGAUUGUCCAGACACACAUUGGAUGAGGAUAAGGGGAGUCUGCAAGGCGUUCAAUCGUGCCGUUCUUCGUUAUCUAUCCAAAACUGUCAGCAUAGGCUUGGAAAAUCCAGAGGGAUGCGUAGAGGUUUAUCACUGCGUUGAAGAGGGUGGAAAUGAUAGUUGCACUAGGACUAUUUUUGAGGAUAAGAACACUGCAGCAGAUUAUUUGAAGUGUAUUGCCAAGUAUGUCGAGAGACCUAUAGCCAUAGACCUGAAACACUAUGAUCACCGAGCACAUGACGAGCUCAUUGAGAGUCUUUGCAGUUUUCGAGCAAUCAAAUCCAUAAAAUAUGGUGCACGUAUGUGUGACUGUUGUGCGUGUCAGCACUUAUAUGAUCAUGCAGGACCAGAAGUUGAUCUUUUCGAAUCCCCUCCGUCCCUUGGUAGUGAUCUGGAUUAUUGUGGAUAUGAUGAUGGUCUCACCAGUCCCAGAUUUUAUUUCUCAGAGGACUUUGAAGACGACUAUGACGACUUAAAUUUCCGUGAAGACGACGACUAUUAA